UAGAGGGUCGAGAGGCGAUAACAAGACCUAACUGACAAAGCCCGCACAAAGAGCCAAGGGGGAGAAUUUGUAGAUAUCUCAUCUCAUGCGGCGAAAGCAUAACUUGUUAUCUUUUUUCGGUUGAUGUUUGUUGUGGGUUAUUGUUUGCUUAGAUUUUUGUGAUGUUUUUUUUUUGCAGCGUGACACUGGUGGUUUGGUAAUUAAUGUAGGCGAUUGAAGUUCUAUUUAAAAAACAUUUUAUUUGGCUUCUCUACUCAGUGUGACAUAUAGGUCACAGUCCACAGGUUAUUAAAGUGUUAAAAGGCAAAGUAACACUGUCGUUUUAAUUUAAGUUCUUUGCAGAUGUUCACAUCUUCCGGCUCAUCUCAAGUCACGCAGGUAAAGGACAGAAUGUUCUCAGGGCCACCCGUCUCCGGGCACCCACACUGUGACAAAUGCUUCGACCUCCACUGCCGGGUCCCCCUGGAGCCCUUCGUCUGCUGCGGCCUGCUCAGCUGCAACAGGGGGUGUGGGGCCCGCAUGCACGGGUGCAAGGCAGAAGAGCACACCGUCCUCUGUCCAAACCAGGAGGUUCCCUGCCUCAAUGCCCAUUAUGGCUGCCCUGUCACCAUGUCUCGCCACAGACUGGCCCCUCACCUCGAGGUCUGCCCAGCUAGCGUCGUCGCUUGUUCUCAGGAAUGGAACCGCUGGCCAAUCACGGACAGCGAUGCACCCCUCUACAGCCAGCUAUCACAGGGCCCCGAAGGCAGUGUGGAUGACAAAGAGCUACCCCUGGACGUUGCUAUGGCCCUCAGGGACCAGGAGCUGCUCUUCAGGUCCAUCAAGAUGAAGAACAUUUUCCCUGAGUUAAUGGAGGUGAUAGAAGCAGGACGUGAAGAUAUUGCAGUCGCGGCGAGCAGCCUCGCGGCUGGAUCAGGGGAAGCGGGGGAUUUGGGUGGAAUGAGAGUGAAUGACGGCAGGACGGAGGACGAUGAAGAACCCAGCCAGGAGGAAAGGGAGGCCUUCGCCAGGAACAGGAAAUUAGAUGGGAUUCAGAACUACGACGCUUGGGAAAGUAUGUUUAGCAAGGAGACGAAGGCCUGUGGGCAAACCGUCAAAAACCUUGAAGAACAAAGCAGUUCUGAUGUCAGCAAGGUAGUCAAGGAUUCCCGUAACAGCCAAUCAGGAGGAGCGGAGUCGACCCGGGCUUGUGAGAGGGAGGCGGUCGCUCUGAACGCCAACGGCACCACUGGCCUUGCACCUUGGCAAAAUGGUGUCCUUGAGAAGUUGAGUCAGGAGUACAACAUCGCGGAGUACAACAUGUAUAUGGUUCACAACGGGGCCAUGCUCAUCAAGUUUGGACAGAUGGCCGCCUGUACCCCGAGGGAGAAGGAUUUUGUUUACGGAAAGCUAGAGCCCAUCGAAGUUCAAACAGUUCGCUCCUUCAAUGUGCCGACUAGCUACAGGGCCAAGCGCCACCAUCUGACGGACUCGUCCUGCAGGGCAAAGAGCUUCCAACAAGUGGACACCUCAGAUUUAGGAGUCCCGGUGGAAGACCUCCCCAGGAGUGAUGAGGUGACGUCGACGUUGUUGUGCUCAUUGGAACGCGAACUCCGGGGCCACCUCAUCUCUGAAAGUGCUGGGGCAGACGGCCUGUAUGUGGAUAUCGGAACGCAGACGUACAAAUUUGAAUCUGCGCCAUUUAAGACGGACGCAUUGCUUGCAGACGUAGUUUGCGACCAGCCCAACGCCGCAGUCCACAUGCACCUCCAAACAGAAGCAGUCACCAGGAGACACAACAAGUCCAACUCCACGUUCAAUUUCAUGUGUGGACACUUUUUCCGACGCGAUGAAUACCGCUCCCACUUCAGGAACGUUCACGCCGACGUGCAGUCCUGUAUCAACGGAUGGUUCGAACAGCGUUGCCCCCUCGCCUACCUCGGCUGCACUUUCACCCAGGAAAGGUUCCGGCCUUCUGGCCGCUGCCCCGCCAGGAUCAGGUAUCACCCGGACCUGGGCUCGCUCUCCCUCCAGCCGAUGUGCCAGCCCUCUGACCUGGAAGGAGGGAAGAGCGAAAGUCCCUUGAGGAAGCGAGCGCGGAACCUGGACCCCCUGAGCAGGCUCCCCUUUGAGGUCCUGGUCCGGGUGGUGGGCUCCCUGGACGGCUUCUCGUUGGCCCAGCUGUCAAGGGUGUCGCGGCUGAUGAGGGGGGUAUGCGAGACGAUGCUCGUCCAGCGGGGGAUGGUGGUCCUCAAGUGGGAGAAGAAGACCUACUCCCAUGGGGGAUCCUCCUGGAAGUGCCAUAAGAAAGCGUGGGAGUUCAGCAGCGGGUUUUCCUCCGUGGACAGAUGGCGUUUCCACGGCGGGCCGCACAUGUCAGAACACCUGAGAUCCUGCCGCUUCUACGAGACAGAGAAGCGAUCGGACCCGGUGGCUCUAGCCUGUCUGCAGGAGGCGACGCACAGAGAUACGGCGGGAAAGAAAUACCAGGCGAAACCUUAAAGCUUGGCGGAUCAGCCUGAUAAGCCCCCCGGGGCUGGCGAUGUCUCACCUGGAGGUCGAAGGCGAACACAAACACUGACACUGAAAUGCACGGCCUGCUAAAAAUAAGAUUGUUGACCGCUAUCAUCAGCGGUGUGUCCUCCUGAAUAACUUAGUAGUGUUGGGCCGGGAGCGGCACAGAGUUUCACACACGGAGAGAAUCACAUCACAACACUGAAGGCCUUCACUUACUGAGCGGUGCAGACAAUGUAUGAAUCACAAAAACGUAUUCUCAAGGAAAUUGAUUCAGAAUUAACAAAUAUCACAUCCGUCGUAUGACAAAUAUCACAGGCCAGAAUCGUUCCACAAACGAGUGUUCUUGUGAUUGUAGUGUUUUUAGUCCUGAGUUAUUUUUUACGUUUUGGCUGUAGAGUUUGUUUUCUAAGAGGGGGGUUAGGUAGAGGGUUAUGUUUUAUCAUAUGAAACCCUGCAUUGCAUAUAUUUUGAUGUAUAAUUCUUUAGCAAGGAAUGUGCAGAAUAAAAUUAUUUUGACCUUUA